UUUCGGCAUCUCUUCUCUUCUGAUCUCCCCCCAAUUUCCCCCUUUUUCUGCUCUGAAAUUGAAAUUGAAUCGAUCCGAUCGCAUAAUGCGGAAGACGAAUCGCAGUCAGUGAUGCGUUUUCAGCUUCCGAUCCCUGUUUCUGCUUAGGAACUAUGUCUUCGCCGUCUCCCGGAGCGGCUCCUCCUCCCACUUCGCCGCCGCCGCCACCAGCCAACAUUACUUCCCCUCCGCCUUCUACACCGGCUCCCUCGACCUCCGCGCCCCCGCCUUCUAGUCCGAAUCCUCCAGUCUCUCCUCAGUCCUCUGCCCAGUCUCCGUCGUCUGGGUCUCAUCCCCCUACAGCAAAGCCCUCUACUCCUACUCCGUCGUCCGGGUCUCUCCCUUCUCCGGCGACUCCGUCAACUGCUCCUCCUCCGUCGGAGAAGAAUUCUAGCCAUCCUUCCCAGCCUCCUCCGUCCCGAUCCUCUCAUUCCCCACCGCCCCCUCACCAUUCUGGGGCGAAAGGAUCUCAUCCAACUCCCAAAACCCAUCCACCACCGCCACCAUCAGAUGACGGCGGAGUCUCUACCGGGUUAGUGGUGGGAAUUGCGGCUGCCGCGGUCUUGCUAUUGGUCCUGCUCAGUGUGAUACUCAUUUGCUGUAGGAAGAAACGGAAAAGGCAUCAUGGACCAGUAGAUUACUAUUCUCCACCACCAACUACUGGACUUAAAGCUGAUGCAUAUGGUGGGCCUGCUUACCAAUGGCAACAAAAUGCUCCACCACCAGGGAAUGUUCCUGUUGUGAUUCCUCCAAAGCAUCGUUCCCCACCCUCAAGUGCAUUAUGGCCCCCACCAUCUCCCAUUCCUUCCCCUCAAGGCCCUCAACCUCCACAUCCACUUCGACCUCAAAUGAGCAGUGGUGGAACUUCAUCCAACUAUUCGGGUUCUUCAAAUUCACUUAUACCACUUUCUCCCGGAAUGUCCCUAAGCAUGUCAAAAAGCACAUUUACCUAUGAAGAAUUGGCAAGUGCAACUGAUGGCUUCUCAAAAGCAAACCUUCUUGGACAAGGUGGUUUUGGAUAUGUGCAUAAAGGGGUACUUACAAAUGGAAAAGAGGUUGCUGUUAAACAACUGAAGGAUGGAAGUGGGCAGGGUGAGCGUGAAUUUAGGGCAGAGGUUGAGAUCAUUAGCCGUGUCCAUCACAAACAUCUCGUUUCUUUGGUUGGAUAUUGCAUCACUGGGUCUCAGAGAUUGCUUGUCUAUGAGUUUGUGCCUAAUAACACUUUGGAAUUCCACUUACACGGAAAGGGAAGGCCUGCCUUGGAAUGGCCCUCACGACUUAAGAUUGCUUUAGGUGCUGCAAAAGGACUGGCAUAUCUUCAUGAGGACUGCCAACCCAAAAUCAUUCACCGUGAUAUCAAAUCAGCCAAUAUACUUCUGGAUUUUAAUUUUGAAGCAAAGGUAGCAGAUUUUGGACUUGCAAAAUUAACUUCUGAUACUAACACGCAUGUCUCCACACGAGUAAUGGGCACAUUUGGAUAUUUGGCUCCAGAAUAUGCUUCUUCAGGAAAACUAACUGAAAAAUCAGAUGUAUUCUCGUAUGGGGUUGUGCUCCUGGAGUUGAUUACUGGGCGGCGACCUUUUGACUCCAGUCAAACUUUCAUGGAUGAUAGCUUGUUAGAUUGGGCAAGGCCAAUUCUAACUCGGGCUCUUGAGGAAGGAAACUUUAGUCCUCUUGUGGAUCCACGGAUUGGAAAUGAUUACAGCCGAAAUGAAAUGGCUCGUGUGGUUGCAUGUAUUGCUUCUUGUGUGCAACAUUCAGCUAAGCGCCGUCCUAGAAUGAACCAGGUUUUGAGAGCUUUAGAAGGACAAGUUUCACUGUCUGAUCUUAACGAAGGAAUCACACCGGGACACAACAUGGGGUACAGCUCAUUCGGGAGUUCAGAUUAUGACACCAUGCAAUACAAUGAUGACAUGAGGAAGUUCAGGAAGAUGGCAUUGGGAACCCAUGACUAUGGCAGCACCGGUCAAUAUAGCAACCCGACGAGUGAAUAUGGUGUGAAUGGCUCAAGCAGCGGUGAAGCCCAAGCCCAUACAACUGGGAAGCAAAGUAGAGGUUUCAAUUGAAGAGUUGGAAAAUGGAAACUUAGCACACAUAAAAAAAACUAAGUGCCACAUUGGUAUUGUUCUUAUUGCAUGAUAUAUACUUGUCUCAGCAUAUGAGUAAAAUAGGUCAUUAUAGAGCUCUUUCUUGGUAAGUACUCUUAGUAUCUUAAUGGUUAAUUACUUUGGCAACAGAUAAAUUUCUUUUCGUUUUAGGUAAGAAAUUUAACUAUUUGCUGGACUCAAACCAGUCCCUCUGUUGUAUAACUUGGUACUUAUAUAUCUAAUCGCCAGACGCCAGACAUUUCAUAGAUUACAAUGGUUUGGUCAUAUUGCUAUAACAACACUAGUGGGGGAGAGAGGCAUGGCAAGCCAAGACAUGGGUUGAGCAGUUGAGAGUGGUUUUCAGCAUUAAACCUCUCUGAGGCCAUAGACUAUAUUCCUGUAAGUCUAAUUGAAGUUCUUUGAGAAGCCAUGUUAGGUUUGUAAAGCACUUUGCAGAGAUUGCCUAUGAGUGCCUAGCACUUAAACUCAACAAAUAUUGAAAAUAGAACUCAUAAAGCUAUCUAUAGUAC